AUGAGCGCGACGUGGACACUGUCCCCGGAGCCGCUGCCGCCGUCGACAGGGCCCCCGGUGGGCGCGGGCCUGGACGCGGAGCAGCGCACGGUGUUCGCCUUCGUGCUCUGCCUGCUCGUGGUGCUGGUGCUGCUGAUGGUCCGCUGCGUGCGCAUUCUGCUCGACCCUUACAGCCGCAUGCCCGCCUCGUCCUGGACCGACCACAAGGAGGCGCUCGAGCGCGGGCAGUUCGACUACGCGCUGGUCUGAAGGGGGCGGUGCCCCAGGCCGGCCCUCAGCUCCUGGGUCUCCUGGGACCGGCCUCGCCCCGGGCGCCGCCUGGCCUGGACUGCGCUCAGGACCCCGCCCCAGAGCCCCAGCCGCAGCGGGGGAGGGGGCGUUAGGGGAAGUCCAGCUCUUCCCCUCGCACUCCUCAUAUGUCCCCUACCGGCCAGGCCAGAGCCUCACCUCAUGCCUUUAUCCGCCCUAGCCUGUCCUCUCUCCACCUCUCGCCGGCCUGGCUGGCCCCCAAAUCGGGAGCCCUGGCUGGGAGGGCCCCAAGUGUGUAGGCGGCUCUGCUAUGUCCUGCCACCAGCAUGAGUGUCACGUCUCUUCCUGGUAUUGGGGACCCUCUUGUCCCCUCCACCCUGUCCUCAUUUCCCCCGUUAAGUGUUGAGCCCCUCAGGGGCUCUGGCCUGUCAGGCAGGCACCCCUGAGCCCACGGAGUGCACACACAUACCAAUAUGCCCUGUCCAGCCUGCCCCAGAGAUAGAGCCACCUGCCAGCUUCUCGGCCCAGAGAGCUACAAUGGCUGCUGUGUUCAGGACACGUCCUGGCCUCCAUGAGCACAGGCAGGCUGACUCCUGCCCCCAGCCCAGGCCCCUGUGCAGGUCAGCGCCCCCUCCCUGGGUCACCACCUCCGGCCCUCACCACCUUGCUGCCUCUGACCCCUCCUGCUAUCUCUCCCAGGCCCCUUUCACUCCUCCCUGCCUUGGAGCCGGUGAUGAUAAUAAAAGCUGUUAUUACUGAGUGCUUACUAUGUAGUAAGCAGUGUGCUGAGUUGGAGCUUCCUGCACAGGACCCAGAGCUUUAGCUAGGCCCUGUUAGCAUCCCCAUUUUACAGGCCAGGGCUACAGGGCCUGAAAGUAACCAGGCGGGAAUCCCAGUAGGUUUAGCUUCUGCAUGGUCUUCCCCACUGCCGGGUGCAGCAGACCCACGCCUCCGCACCCUUUUCCCCGGUUUGGGGGGCUGAAGGUGUAACCAUCUCAGCGCUUUCCCCCAGCUCCAGACACAGCAGGAUCUUCUUUGACCUGGGGAGGUACUAGGGGCUGUGGGAUGGGCUUAACCCGCUGGGAUACUACUAGAAUGGGGUGCCCUCCUCUUGUUCUGAAGAUUGUUUCCAAGAAUUGGCCUGGCCUCCUGGCUUUGGAACCACACCUGCAAUGGCAAACCUCUCCGCACUGCCUCCCCCCUGCCCACCACCAUUGUGGGCACCUGGAAGCGGUGAGUCUGGUGCUGCGGGGGCCCUGCCCACAGAGCACACUCCACGCGUGCCACCGGGAGAUGCUGUGCGCCCCCGGCGAGCCGUGUGCAAUGUGUGGGGGAAACCAGCGUUUCUAUAAAAAGAAGGCUGUGUGCAAAAAAUUUACCAGCGCUCAGACUACAAGUCAGUCUUGGGGGAGGGCGGCACCUUGGGAGUGCACCUAGUUCCUGCUGAAGAACUUUGGUUCCCCCCCAUUCAGGGGACUGGCCCUGAUCCCACCUCCACAGGGCAGGUGAGGCUGAUGAGGGUGCACCCCAGGCAGGGAAGCCCGGCAGCACUUCCAGGAACUUGAGGUCUUUGCUGGGGCCCUGCUCCUCCCAUCUGGCCGCUGCAAGCCUCUCCAAGCCUCUCCUCUUCAUAUGAUGGGAGGUAACGCAUUCUGAAAACCACUUCCUGACACCUGUCCCCCUCAAGCCUGGCCCUCUCUCCUAAUUGGUCCUUGUCAAGAGCCACCUCCACUCCCACCAUCCCCAAAGGCCCCCUCAUAGACCAACGGAGGCCACUGCAGGCCUCCUUCCAGGCAGGGCCGCUCCUCAGCUGCCAUGACCCCAGGCACAUCUGUGUCCCCACUCCCACCUCUAACUCAGGGAAAAGCAAGCAAGGAGUGUCGGCA